CUCCCCCGCCUCGGCCGCUGCCGUGGGGGCAGCGCCCCUGUCCCCUGUGCCUGUGUGUCAGCCUGUGAGGGGACAGACACACAUGCCGGGUUUGCCUUCUCUGCCCAGUUCUUAUUUUUAUUUUAUUUUGGUUUCUUUUUUUUUUUUCUCUCUCUCUUUUUGUCGUUGUUUUAUUUCUAGAAAGAAAGGAAGGUUCAUGAUACCUGGUGCUCUCUUCCUCCAAACACAAUAAAUCUGUUGAAGACAUUAGAAUUUUUUUUCCUAAAAUAAAAAGCGGCUGCAACAAAAACACACUCAAUGCAGUUAGAAGGAAAAGGUCAACUCGAUCCAAUACAGACCGUAAGUACGGUUGCGUGGUGUGUCUAUAGCACUUAGAGGGGAUUUUUUUAUUUUUUUCUCUGCAAACGGGAGUGUUAAAGAGUUUUGGGAGUUGAGAUAACUAGGGUUCUUGGGGAUUUUUAAAGGAGGAAAAAAGAGCCCCCAAACAAUCUCACAAAACAGGGUGAGUUAUUUGAGGGAAGUAAGAGGGUGAAAGCACUGUAGCCACACAAAUCAUACUUGACGGGGUACUUGGGGGGCGUUAAAGCGUAGUGCCUUUUUUGGGUUUUAACUAACCCAGGGCGGGGGGAGGAGGGGAUAAAAGUGACACGAUUACAGCCAAGUCUGCAUUGCUUCCCCGCUCCCCCCCUCCCCGGCCCCGAUAGCGCUCGUUAGCAGGAGCGAUGGGGCACCGACAGACCGGGAGGCACCUCGCAUGUGUCACACCGAGACACCAGAAAGGCUGGAGCUGGGGGGCGGGGGUGGGAUCGUCCGUCGCCGGCUGAUGCCUCGGCCGCUUCCACCGCCGUCUCGUUCUGCCGGCCCCGAGGCGCAGGGAAGCGAAAGCCCUGAGGACAACGUGGAUGUGGACUGCAGGUUGUGAGCCUAGACACACCUAGGGGAGGAAGACAAGAAGAGUUGAACUUAAGAGAGAGCCCAACGGAGAUAAACGAAUGUCCCCACAUCUCCAAAGGAAAGUUCAUCGGAUUUUUACUCUAGAGAUCUCAUCUUCAGGAUGUCAUUGAACACUUCCACUGCAGGAAAAGGUGUGGAUCCAAACGCAGUUGACACUUAUGACAGUGGCGAUGAUUGGGAAAUCGGCGUCGGGAAUUUAAUAAUUGAUUUGGACGCCGACUUAGAGAAGGACAGACAGAAAUUUGAGAUGAAUAAUUCUAAUACCACCAGCAGCAGCAACACCAGCUCCAAGGAUUGCGGGGGUCUGGCUUCCAGUGGGGCUAAUGCUACCUCAGCCUUAGCUGAUGGCCUAAAAUUCGCUUCUGUUCAACCCUCUGCUCCCCAGGGGAAUUCCUCUCACAAAGAGACUAGCAAAUCAAAAGUGAAAAGGAGUAAAACUUCUAAGGAUGCUAAUAAAUCUCUGCCUUCUGCUGCCUUGUAUGGGAUUCCUGAGAUCAGCAGUGCUGGCAAAAGGCAGGAAGUCCAAGGGCGCCCUGGAGAGGCAACUGGCAUGAAUUCAGCACUGGGUCAAAGUGUGAGCAGUAACCCAAACGGCAAUAAUAACAACACCAGCAACACUACCACCGUGUCCUCUUGUGGGAAAAACAAAGAGGAGAAACCAGGUAAAGCCCCAGGCAGCAGAGGCUCCAAGAGGGAUAAGGAUGCAGGAAAAUCCAGGAAGGACAAGCAACAUGAUCUGCAGCAGGGCCACCCCAAUGGCAGUGGGGGUGGCAAUAGCCAAAUUCCCUCUGGGCAUCUCUAUGGCUUCGGGGCCAAGGGAGGCAGUGGUGGAAGCAGCAGCCCCUUCCACUGCACCUCCUCUGCUGUGGGGGAGGUGAGCAAAAGUACCCCGGAUUCAGGGUUAAUGGGGAACUCUGUUUUGGUAAAGAAGGAAGAGGAGGAGGAGGAGAGCCACAGGCGAAUCAAGAAAUUGAAAACAGAAAAGGCACAGAAGCCAAUUGCUUCAAAAUGAGCAGCGGCAUGAGCACUGACAUCUCUGCAAGAAGAAUGCUGCUGUGGAAGUUAUGUAAGACUUGUGUCCUCUAUAUGCAAACUAAUUAUCUACGUAUUUGUGUAUGUUUACACCCCUUUGUAUUCUCCAUAGGCUCUGAAAUGACUGUCUGUGGAAACAUUAAACCAGGCUGUUACCUGAUGUGUUUGGUAAAAUGAGCAUUGACAUACUUGAAGUGACUGAAAGCAGUAUUCUUAAUGACUAUUAAAGAACUUUGCAUUA